AUGCAAAGAAGGGCACGUCCAGUCACCGUCACGACUCCAGAAGCAGUCAAAGCCGUUCGAGAGAAAAUCAGACGCACUCCGGAAAGAAGCAUGAGAAAGAUGGCAAAAGAAUACGAAAUGAGUCAAGGAUCGAUGAGAACUAUUGUCAAGGACAAGCUGAAGAUGAUUCCCUACCGUAUGCAGAAAGGAGCCUUCCUCAAUCAAAAAAACAAGACAUUCCGGAUGAAAAAGGCUCGAAAGCUGCUCGCUGGCACGAAAGAUGGCUUGCAUCUGACGACGCUAUUUACCGACGAGAAAAUCUUCACUGUGGAGGCGAACAAGAACGGCCAAAACCAUCCGAUCAUCGCUACUAACCAUCAGAGUGCCUGUUACCGCUGA